AUGCCUCUAGCUCUAGCAGUCUUACGGGUAGUCUUGGCCGUAUAUUCCUCUUACACUGUUGGCGGAAGCCUCUACCAGUCUCACAAGGCCCUGGGACCGGCCCAAGACACGCGGAACCGUAAGGCAGAGCGCAUCAAGCUCACCGCCGCCUUUGGAAGCCUGGCAGCUCUCGGUUUGGUAUUUGCCGUAACUUCUGGUCUGGAAUACUUGACCUUGUCCUACAAGGUGUGGGCAUCUGAGAGAGGAGUUGCAGUUCCAGAUUCCCUAUUCGGGAACCACACUCUGACCACGGACGGGGCAAAUGGACCCGGUUUAUACCUUAAAUACUGGCUCAGUGACACCCCCGUCUUCCUUGAUGCCUUGGAAAUCAUCACCGAAAAGGCACGGCGGCUGUGGUGGGGGCAGCAGCUCGACCUCGCAACCAUAUCGUGGACUGCGCUCUUAGCCGUUGAGGGGCGUCGCCGGAGGAUUCCGCACCUAUGGGCAUAUUCUCUGUUGCCUCAUCUUGUCAGCCUCUCAUUUGCCCAAAACUUAUUCUAUGUGGCUUUACUCCAAACCCCAUCACCAAUCGCGCCACGUGAAACGAGGAUCGCCCAAUUCCUGCAUGGAAUGCUCCCAAAGAAGCCACACAACUGGUUCCCCAAGCUUUCUCUUCUUCUUGUGCCCUUGGUGGCCAACUACCUGGUGAUACUCCGGCUCCCGAACACCGUCUGGACGCCGUCAUUCCCAACUGCCGUCGGCCUCUCCAAGGUCCUAACUCUCGCACCCCUGAUCCUGCCUGCCAUCGCCCCGGCGUCCUGGGGAACCGUCCACUCCGACCCACGCGACGCCUACCCCGACAUAACCAAGCUCUUCAACAUCAUCUCCGCAUCGAGCGCCCUCCUUCACGCCAGGACAACACUCUCCGCUCUCCGCUACAACCUCCCAGACUCCUCCAAGCACCGGCACAGCCUCUUCACAAUCCCCCUCGACACUGAAGAGCGCUCAAAAUGGGAGCGCACCGCAACAGCCGUCGAGAAAGUCCUCAGCUCCAUGACCGACCACCCAGCCGUCGCCGCCGCAGGCAAGGACGUCCUCCUCAGCACCCUCGGCCUGGGACUAUGGGCAGCCGUGCGCUCAACCGACGUAGCCAGCAUGCUCCGCUCUAUGUAUUCCACCCCCGAGCCCCGCCGACUCACCCAACCCAGCAAGCCAGAAAGCAAACCCACCAAACCCGAACCCUCCCCCAGUCCCGAAGAAGACGCCCACCCGACAACCCCAACCCCGGCCCUCGGCAUGACCCUCCGCCGCCGCGGCCGCGCAGCAAAGGGCAGCAGCAUCUCCAGCACCGGCAGCUCGAACGCCCCCGGCGACGAUACCACCACGACAACCACCGCCCAUCAGCCACCGAAACGGCGCGGCCGGCCACGCAAGGUCAAGCCCGAGCCAGGGCCCGAGCCAGAACCAGAGCCGGAGCUAAAACUGGAACCGGAACACCACGAGCCUGAACGAGAGGAAGGGGUGCCAGACGAAGACAAGACGUAUCAGCCCACCCCUGCCGUGCGGGCCGAGGUAGGGCUGGGUGAUGUCGUGCCGGAGGGCGACUUUGACUGGGAGUCGGCUGCGCUCGCGUGGGGCGUGACGGUGCUGGGUGGGUUGGGGCUAGGGAGCGCGACUGUUUUUGGGGGGGAGUGUCUCGCGAGGUGA